AAAAUUGACGUUUAUGUCAGAAGAAAGAAAUCUAUGAAAAUAUUUAAAGAUUAUCAUGGAAAUGAAAUAUUAAGCAAUGAAUAUGAAAAGAAACACACAUGUAUUCGAUCUGUACUGGGAAGAUAUAUUAGUUGCCAAAGUAAUACCAUUUUUGACUAUCCGCGAAUGUUUUAAUUUUCGUUGUGUUUCGCGAACUUGUCUACAAAUAAUAGAUAUGUAUUUCGCUAAGUUAAAAUCAUUGAAACUGAUGAAUAAAGGCUUCUCCCCGCACACGUUCAAUGUAUUUGCUAACACUUGUACGCGCUUAAAUUUAUUGAAUUUAAGUCGAUGUCAAUGUAUUAGUGACAACGCAUUGAUUCCGAUGUUGCGUAAAAACCACGAUAUAGAAAGCCUGAACCUAAGUCAGUGCAAGAAUUUAUCUGCAAAAUGUUUGCAACCAGUUAUCCUCCACUGCAACAACUUACGAAUACUGAAACUUGCGCGAUGUUCAUGGUUGACUACGGGAGCCAUUGAAGCGUUGGCUCUCCAUCAAAGUAAGCUAGAGGAUGUAGACUUGGCAUUCUGUGUGGCUAUAUCGGAGAACUGCAUAUUAAUUUUUAUAAAGAAGUUUCAACAGAUAAAGACUCUGAACUUAGAGGGCAACAAGCAAGUGACAGAUAAAUGCUUGUACACGAUAUCAAAGUACAGCAAGUCAUUGAAACUUCUAAACUUAGGUGGUUGUUGUGAAGUAACUGAUAAAGGAGUGAGAGCACUGGCACUACACUGUCCCAAUCUGGAAGGGCUGCUUAUCCGAGGGUGUACAAAAGUGACGGAGAACAGUCUCCGAUUAAUGCGAAAUAAAGUCCACCUGGACAGAAGGCCAGUAGACCCUGUACCUGUGCCUAUUUAUGUGCAAAUUUAAAAAGAAACAUAUAAAGGUUGUGCUGAAAAAGUUGUUGGUAUUUUGUUGGUAAUUUUAGAAAAUAUAGCGUGUUUAUUGGAUUUAAUGGAAUAAUUAAUUGCCAGUAUUAAGGUGAACUACAGAUGCAUAUUUUACAGAACAUUUAUCAUUACAAAAAAAAAAUUACUGAUAGUUGUUUAUUCUGUUUAAAUAUGCAAUUAAAAAUCAAGAAAUAAAUCUGAUAAACAAAGAAAACAAUUAGCAUUUUUCUAAUUGGAAUAAAUGUACUUAAUUAUAUACUUGUUUACUAUAUCAAUGCAUAAAAAAUAUAAUAAAACUGCUAUCGGCUAGACAUAAGUAUUUUGUAUGGUAUUGAAUGUAUAUAAAAUCAUGAAAAUAGUUGCCAGUAAAGUUUAGCAAUGCUUGCCAUGUUCUACCAAAAUUAUUGCUAAUAGUAGGAAGUAGUUAGGUGAGAGCAUGUUAAAAGGUAUUUUUAUCAUAAAUAUGUAUUAUGUGCAAUAAGUUUUAUAACUUUCAGUUUAACAGUACCUAAUAUAUGAAUAAGUAAUAAAAGGUUGCUCUUUCAGUCAGAUGUUGAGUCGAGUUUUUAAAAUAUGAUUAUAUUGUUAAAAUUCAAUUUAUGUCUACAUAAAUUAAACCCUAGUUAACUCUCAGAACUGUUUAAUGCAGAAAGUUUGCUUAUAAUCAAUUUUGCAUAAACAUACAAGCCCAUACACACGUUAAUUUUUUACUGUGCAGUAAUGUGUGUAGAGAAAUAUUAAAAAUUUUAUUGAUUCCCCAAAAAUUGGUUAUAAUUUUGAUUGAGGUUGAUACAAAUAAAAGUGUUUGUGACGACGGUUUCUAAUCCUAGGUGUAAAUUCAUACUGGUCAUGCAAGUGCAGUUCCACUGUUAGGACAUUAUCUUUCUUUUGUCAAAAAUCAGAGAAGUGUAGCGACAGUGGAAUUUCAGUUAGACAUUCACAUUGAUAUUCCUAGUUUCCCGCCUAUUUUAUUUUUUGUUGUCAUAAUACAUUUUUUAUUUUGUUAAGUAAA